AUUUUAUUCACAUUAAAAUCUAGAUUAGAUCCACUAAUGAUUCUCAUAUAAACAAUAACAACAUAAGUUCAUUACAAAAACCAAACUCAUUACAGAAAAAAAAAAAAAAUCAAGAACCAUGAAACCACAUUCACUAAUCUUCUUCUUCUUCUUCUUCUUCUUCUUCAUGUACCUGUUUUAUCAACCAUCUGAUUGCCAACAAAAAUACCCAAAUAAUACUCUAAAAAAUUGCACCCACGCCCCUUCAAAAUCAGAUCUCUCAAAAGGGUACCUUUGUAAUGGCCCUGAAAACACUGCAUGCCAAUCUUUUCUAACCUUUCACUCACACCCACCCUACAAUUCACCCUCCAGGAUUGCCCGUCUUUUAGGCUCAGAACCCUCUAGUAUCACCCUGAUCAACGGUUUCUCGUCGAACGACAAGAGUUUGCCCCCCGGAACGCUUGUGAUAGUCCCGGUUUCGUGUUCCUGCUUCGGUAGUGUUUAUCACCACAAGGCUGCAUACACCAUCAGGAAAAAUAAUACAUAUUUUUCAUUGGCAAAUGACACUUUCCAGGGCCUCACAACUUGCCAGGCCUUGAUGAGUCAGAACUACUAUGACCCAACGAGACUUGUCCCGGAUUCAGAGCUGAUGGCGCCGCUCAGAUGUGCCUGUCCAAGUCGAAACCAGACUGCGGAAGGGGUGAGCUCCUUGCUGACUUAUAUGGUAGAAAAAGGUAACACUUCUGCUUCAAUUGGAAAUCGUUUUGGGGUUGAUGAAGACAGCAUCCUGGAGGGUAAUAUGCUGUUGAAAAAUAGCACAAUUUAUCCCUUUACGCCUCUUUUGAUUCCUCUCAAAUGGAAAAGCUGCAAGAAAAGUCCGAAGUAUUUCUAUUGCUAUUGUCCCAAUGGCUUCCUUGCUGAUGGAACACAACAGGGCCUCAAUUGCAGACCUGAUAGCAAAAAAUUCCCAGUCAAGCUGGUCACUCUGUUAGUUGUUUCAGGUGUUGGCAUUGGUUUGGGAUUUUUGUGCAUGUUUCUAUUGGGAUACAAUUUAUGCAAAUUUUUAAGGGAAAGAAGGACCAGAUUAGAAAGGUACAAAUUCUUCAAGCAAAAUGGUGGAUUCUUGCUGCAACAGAGAUUGUCCUCCUAUGGAAGAAGUGAACAAGCUAAAAUAUUUACAGCAGAGGAGCUUCAAAGUGCAACAGACGAUUACAACCAGAGUCGGUUUCUCGGUAAGGGAGGAUUUGGUACUGUGUACAAAGGAUUGUUACCUGAUGGCAGUAUCGUUGCUGUUAAGAAACCAAAUGCAAUUGAUAAAAGCCAGAUUGAGCAAUUCAUAAAUGAAGUCAUCAUUCUAUCGCAAAUCAGUCAUCGAAACAUCGUGAAGCUUCUGGGUUGUUGUUUGGAGACCGAGGUACCCACGCUAGUAUAUGAGUUCAUCCCUAAUGGAACACUUUUUCAUCAUCUUCAUGAUCAUGAACAAGAAUCUUCACUUUCGUGUGUGCAUCGACUCAGAAUUGCUUGCGAUGUUGCAGGAGCAGUAGCUUAUAUGCAUUCUGCAGCCUCAAUCCCCAUUUUUCAUCGCGAUAUCAAAUCUUCCAAUGUACUCCUGGACGAAAAGUAUAGUGCGAAAGUUUCAGAUUUUGGGACUUCAACAUCUAUUCCAGACGACAAAACGCACUUAACCACAGCAGUCCGCGGAACCUUUGGGUACCUGGAUCCUGAGUACUUCCAAUCAAAUCAAUUCACAGAGAAAAGUGAUGUGUAUAGUUUCGGAGUUGUGCUUGUAGAGCUUUUGACCGGUAAACAACCAAUAUCUUUUGCCAUAGACGAAGAAGAGCGGAACCCAAUUGGAUACUUCAUCAAAUUAGCAAAGGAGAACAGACUCCUUGAGGUUUUAGACACAAGAGUAGCGGAAGAAGCCGAGGAAGAAGAAAUUCAAGCAAUUGCAGAGCUAGCAAUGAGAUGUUUGAGAUUGAAAGGGAAAAAGAGACCUACCAUGAAAGAGGUGGCGAUGGAGCUCGAAGGACUGAGAAAAUCUCAGAGAUGCAUAGAAAUCUCCCAAGAUCCUCAGCCAUUGAGAGACGAUGAUCAGAAUGCAUAUGUGCACAGUGCAGAAGAAUCUGGACAAGAAUCAGUAUCAGACAGCAAAUUAUUUCCUCUAUAUAUGGAAUCUUCAUCAUUUUAGACAUCAAUUUAUUUUAGUAAUGUAUGAUUGUGGAAAGUAUAUACAACUUUUGCAAUAGCUAGUUUAAUUCUCGAGAUUAAAAUCUCAGUAA